UCUCCUGAAGUAGCUACUAUUCGAUAAUGAGUUGCAAUAGAUUCAUCAGAGCAAUCAAUGAACAAAAAUAAUUAAUAAAGCUUUUUGAAGUAUUUCAAAGCCAAAGCAAAUAGAAAUGCUGUUGAAAUAGAUAAGAGAAUCUAGUUAACAAUGUAUUGAUACUGCCAAGAAGAUUCUUACUUUGCUUAUUCUGAUUGGCUGAAUUUAGGAUAGGGGGUGUUGCCCUUCAACAAAUGAGUUUGAGACUGGAAAUGGCAUUGAAAUGUACGAUUGACCAAAUAAUUAGGUUUUGAUUUUGAUCACAUAUUCCCUUAUAAAUAGGCUUAUAAAUCAAUGAUAUCAUUACAUUACAUGACGAAAUUACAACAUUGAUGCAAA